AUGGACCCCGAAAACAAGUUGACCCCGAAGAGAUGCAAGAAGCUUUCAGGCCAGGCUCUAGCCGAUGAGCUUCAAAAGCGUCGCUCCAAGCAUUAUAGAGCUUUGGAACGCCGCUGGAGAAUACGCAUUCCACGACGGCAAUUAAUCAACUUAAGAAAAUUCCCCAUGCGCAAAAGACAUAGCAGUCCUUCGAGCUUUGUCCUGUUCUCAGAACUCCCAAUCGAGAUACGAAUCAAGAUCUGGAAAUACAGCUUUCGCGGUCACAAUGUUGAAGUCUGUGUAGAUUUUGAUAUCUCGGUGGGAUAUGAUGCAUCGCUUCAGAUCGAAGUCCUGAAUUAUCCACCUCGAAUUUUCCAAUGUCGCACAAUCACACAGAGUCCAAUAACUCUUUUCGUCAACCACGAAAGUCGAACGGAGUCACUUAAAUACUACUGCAACCUCCUGCCGGGUGUCUCCGACUUUCCAAUCUAUUUCAACUACCAGCUAGAUUCCUUUACUCUUCGUCACUAUUUCUCAAAGCAUAAUAUUCGUGGAUGCGAUACCAUGGAGCAACUCUCAUGGGGAAUUACGCACCUGAUUGAUAUCUCGUCUUCGGUACUAUUGAGACCAAUGAAAUCAUUGACAUUUCCAACUUGUUUCAUAUACGACUAUGGCAUUGUGAAUCCCCACCGUCCACAACCACAAGGGAACACCUACAGCGUAUUUAUUGAACCGUUCCUCACUGAAUUCGAUUGUUUGGAAGAGAUUAUCAUCAUAAGUGGUAGGCCUGAAAAAAAUUCCCAAUGCUCUGGAUUUGAUAACUCGGUUGAAGUGCAACAUCUGGAGAAUUGCCUCACUCACACCUUCGAAGCGGAAAUGGAAAGAAAUGCUUCAUUCCAGAUUCCCAACGUGACUAUCCAUACCGAACCUUUUCUUCUUCCUAUGUUUCGAGAUGAGAUGGAGCAAGCAAAUGACUCCCGGGUCUAUGAGAAUUAA